CCCCUCGUCAUCUGGGACGGCCAAUUCUCGAGGAUUCUGUGACGUUGCGAUAACAUUGGUCAAAUGGGAGACGAUACAGGGCGGCGAAUCAGCCGGUACACCUGCACGCACAGUCGCACAGUCAUCCCACGCGCUGAGCUCGUCCUUCGCUUGAUUCAGGACCUGUGUGACCUGACUGCCUGUGAUUACGACAGCACAGCCCCCUGAAGCAGACCCCUGUGCUCGUGGCACAGAUCUCUGGGUGCAGUGCAGAUCUCGGGGUGCAGUGCAGAUCUCGGGGUGCAGGCAGAGAGAAGAUCUGAAAUCUCACCGCUGUGUGAUGAUACAGUGGCUAUAGGCAGGAGAUAUAUUUCUUUAGAGGGGAAAAUAAACCUGCAAGCUGGAUUUCCACGGGUCGAUGAUGACCACCAGCCAGUCGGUGAUGAGUGGCCUGGACAGGUCCCCACAAGUGGGCCGCAAACUGACCCACAACCGGAGCGGCAGCACCGGCUCGUCCCGGCACUCCCGCCAGAACUCCAGGCACUGGGAGGUGAUGGACGACCUCCAGGGCGAGAUGGCGCUGGGGGCGGACGCUGGGCGGGACCUGGCCAUUCCUGGGCUCUGCGAAGGCUACCUGAUGAAGAAGAAGAAAUGGCCCCUUCAGGGCUGGCACAAGAGGUACUUUGUGUUGGAUCAGGGGAUUCUCAAGUACUCCAAGAGCAAGCAGGAUAUCCAGAAGGGAAGGAUGCUGGGCCAUCUGGACGUCAGUGUGGCCGUCAUGUCCAUCAACAGGAAGUCCAAGCGCAUUGAUCUGGAUGCUGGAGACAAUCUCUAUCACAUUAUGGCGAAGACCCAGGAGCUGUUCUACAUCUGGGUGACCAAGCUGUCGGCCCACCGCGUGUUUAAGAAGAACGAGGCGGUGCACGUGCACAACGGCGUCCUGCAGGCGCUCUCGGGCGGGGCCAGCACCCUGCCCACCAUGGCCAGCCUGGCGCAGAGGAACCAGGGAAUGCCCUUCAGCUCCUACCCGCAGUACCAGAGCAGCGCCUCCAUCUGGCCGAGCGAGGCGGCGCAUGUGAAGGACGAGCUUCCCGCCGCCGCCCCGGGCGUGAACAGCAAGGUGUCGGCCUGGCUGCAGCAGACCCCGGACUCCGACGGCUGCUCCCAAGAGCUGCUUCGUUGCCAGGGCGAGCUGGCUGAGCUGCACCAGCUCAUCCAGAGGCUGCAGUUCCUGGAGACCGGGCAGCCCAUGACCAACGGGGACCUGGAGCACCGGAUCAGCAUGCAGAAUCUCACGCUCGAGAAGCCCAAGAGGAGGUCGAUCUGGGGCCAUUCUCGUACCCUGUCCCGAGUGGAGGCUCUUGGUAUGUUGAAUAGCAACAACCUGAGUGCCUCGCCCCACCUGGGGGCGUCGGUCCAGUCCAUCCCCGACUACGUGUACUCCCAGCUGGCCACGCCCGGCAUCGUGUCCCCCGAGGGCAAGAAGGUCCAGCAGGCCGUCUGCUACAUGUCUGAGAAGGUGUACGCGUCUCUGAAGUCCGUGCACGAGGCUCUGACCCAGGAGCGGGAGCGGCUACGAGACGCCUGGGCGACCCCUGACCUCCGCAACUGCACCUCCCGCCAGCUGGCCAACCUGUGCACACAGCUGUCUGAGCUGGAAAUGCAGUCCCGUCUCACCAAGGUCCACUCGCUCUCCCUGUCCUCCGACUCCACCGACGACUCCUUCUGCACCGUCAACCAGGAUCAGUCUAUGCUGUCCACGGAUGGCCGCGAUCCUCGCAGGUCGUCCGUGGCCGAAUCCAUGGCGGAGUACUUUGAUGCCAGCGAUGUCGUCGGCUUGGAGAACUCCACAGAGACGGAGGUUUCGGACGAGUCUGGCAUGAGUGACAUCACCACCAGCAACUCUGAUCCCGACGAAGGCCAAGUGGCAUCCACGCAUAACUACCGCGCCAGCGUCUCCAGCUCCUCGGAUGUGCCCAGGCUCGCGCCCAAGGACACGGGGCGGCGCACCACCCUGCCCGCCCACUGCCCCGACAACAGCCACAUCGGCCUCAUGACCAUCCUGUACAACAACAUCGGGAAGGACCUGUCGCGUGUGUCCAUGCCCGCGGCAAUCAACGAGCCCGUGAGCCUGCUGCAGCGCGUGUGUGAGGAGCUGGAGUACCCCGAGCUGCUGGACACCGCCAACCACACCGACGACCCCUACGAGCGCAUGGUGUACAUCGCCGCCUUUUCCAUCUCCGGUUACGCCUGGGCUCAGUACCGCAGCCGCUACAAGCCCUUCAACCCGGUCCUGGGAGAGACCUUUGAGUGCAUCCGCGAAGACCGGGGCUUCCGCUACGUCAGCGAGCAGGUGUGCCACCAUCCGCCCAUCUCUGCCUGCCACGCUGAGUCGGAGAACUUCACCUUCUGGCAAGACCAGCGAUGGAAGAACAAGUUUUGGGGAAAGUCUUUAGAGGUGAUCUCCACUGGCAUGGUCAACGUGACCCUUCCACGGUACGGGGACCAUUACGAGUGGAACAAGGUGGUGACCUGCAUCCACAACGUCCUGAGCCAGCAGCGCUGGCUGGAACACUACGGCGAGGUGGUCAUCCGCAACCUCAACAGCUCGGUCUGCACCUGCAAGAUGACCUUCAUCAAGCAGUCGCGCUACUGGGGCUCAGACGGCACGAGGAACGAGGUGCAGGGCCAGGUCCUGAACGAGGCCGGUGAGGUGGUCCACAGAUUCGGCGGGUCCUGGAGCGAGGGCAUCUUCUGCGAAACGCUGCCCGUGCCUCAGUGCAUCUGGAAGCCCAACCCUCAGCCAGAAAACUCUUACCUCUACUUCAACUUCUCGCGCAUGGCUAUGGAGAUGAACGAGCUGCUGCCCGACCUGGUGCCCCUGCUUCCCCCCACCGACACGCGGCUGCGUCCAGACCAGAGGCUCCUGGAGGAGGGAAAAGUGAACGAGGCGGACAAAAAGAAGGACGAGUUGGAGGAGAAGCAGAGGGAGCGACGGAGGGCCAUGGAGAAGAGAGGAGAGAAGCACAUCCCUCGUUUCUUCACGAAAACGCUGGAUGAGAGUGGCAGAGAGGUUUGGGUCACCAACGGAACCUACUGGAAAAUCCGGGAACAGCCAGGAUUCGCCAACACCGAAAAUCUGGACCUGUGGUGCUGAGGCGGCCCCGGCAGGGACUGGAACCCGGAACCUGGACUCGAACUGGGAUGCCUGUGUAUCAUAGCCAAAAACAUUGCUUUUUAUUAUAUCACACGUGUCAUCAUUUUCCUUUUCCAAGACGGGUGUGAGGUGGGAGCGUGGAGGAACUGCUCCCCCUGGAGGAGGGGCAGGGAUCGCGCUGACGGGACGCAUUGGGGGCCUCUGCGGUCCUCCUAAGCACCGGACGGAACCCUACCCAUGAACACGUGAAAAGCAGGCAAUCCGGACGGCGGCGGAACCCCGCGGGCUCGAGAGCCGCGAGCUUACGCUAACGCCACUUCGUUCAUCUCUGGAAAAAGCACAGCUGCUAUCCCCAGUAGCAUACAAAUCUAGAUUUUAAAGAAGCUUGUAUAUUUAUACAUUUUUAUGAAGGGAACCGUUACCUGAAUAGUGAUUUAUUUAACAUGUUUAAUGUACUUUUGUUUAUUUGUUGUUGCUCUAAUGAGAUCGACUCUUUGUAUUUUAAGGCAGUUGUUUGGGGAGGAGGUUUAAAACGGACGAAUGAAGGUUGACUGCUUUAUGUUCUUUCUAUAAAUUCUAGUAUUUACUUGCGACGUAUAGGUGCCUUUAAUGAUGUUUUUGUCGUGGUACACUGGUGUUGGAGCACAUAUGAAACCUCCCAUCUUCACCUCUUUACCUGGGAAAGAGGUUGUCUUAACUUUGCACAAGUCUUCCUGCUGUUUACCUCGGGGAUGGUCAAUGUGUAUGUGCUCUAAGUUUUAUAUGCUAUAUGCAAACCUGAGUUCUUCUGACAUUUUUAUUAUCACUGUGCUCAUGUCUUCUGAAGUCCUGCUUGCAGUUGAUACUAUGAAGUAUAUUUUUAUGGACGUCUCAACAGCAGAUGUAUGAGAAGAUGAUCUUUAUAAAACCUGUUAAAUAUAUAGUGGAAUUAUUUUAAGACUCCGAAAUGUAUGUAUAUGCAACCUAUUUUGAUCAGGUUCAAAUAAAUAUUAAAAUAAAAUUGAAUCCAA